CUUUUACCUGCAGAUCGUUAUCAUUGAAAAAGAAGGUAAGCAGGACAGAAGGCUGUCCCAGCGAUGAUGCAGUAUCUGGAGUCACAGCAUAACCCGCUUCAACAUCUAUGAUAACCAUCUCUACUGGUACUCAUCAUCUAUCUCGCAGGCGGGAAGCUGCAGCUCUUGAGAGCUAAGCUGCGAGUCCGUACCACGCGUAUCUUGCACUUGGGCCUCGCCAUUGUCGAGGACUGCCUUCUUCCAUGACAUCGCAACGGCUAGAUGCAUUCCGAGCCUUGGGAAUAAGCAACUUGCAACAGUGACACCUGGAGACGUCGGAAAGCGAGGGCUGCUGCACCAUCCAUGCAUCCCGCCGUCUACAGCACUUUAGAACCAGCUACUCGGGCUUCGUGACUUUUUCCGCACCCAUAUCGGGCUCUUCUCACGAAGUGUCAAGUUUCAUGACUCGAGCCAAGAGCGUCAGACAGCGGCACAGACAAACGGGUGUCGACAGGGAACGGGACGAUCUUCGAUUCAAACGGACGCCAGCAUCCUGGUCGAUGCGAGAAAAAUCUCGACUGAGCCCAGCGUGUGUCGCCCCAUGUAUCAGAAGUCAGGACCCCGAACCCACAAACAAAAUCCGCGAACCGAUGUUAACGUCAAGUCAUGUCGAAGCAAGCCAUGUCAGUUUCUGGAGAACAUUGUUGAGAGUUGAGACAGCUAAGCUAGACCAGAGAUCAGCGGGCGUUCGUUCCCUGAAGGACAGUGCCUGCGCCACAGGCCCGGCAUGGUGGACCCUGAGGCUUUCAGAACACAAUAGUACCGAAAUCUCAACCCAUGAGAAAUUGCAUGAAGUCGCCAUCCCAGGAAUCGUUGGUAGUACAGCACGUAGAGGACUAGAUCUGGGUAGACGUACAGCUAUAUGAUCAACAUACAACAUGUGCUGAGAGACCCGUGGAAACGUGCAGCGGCAUGCACUGCCCAUAUCCAAUAUAAAUUACAGGCCAGCCAGCCCUGAGCCGCC